CAGUUGUUAAGCAACGUUCGUUCAGCGCGCAUCGUUUUUUCGUUCGUCGUGUGUUUUUUAUUUUUGAUUUUAAAUCAAAAAUAUACUAUUCAAGACCCCCGAAACGGCUACAGCUACAGCGGCGUGCACAACCUUCCUCCCAAUAAGACCAAGUACCUACAUAAAUAUAGUUUGAAAAAUUAAAAUCAACAAAUUGAAAAAUAAGCAAAAUCUCGCAAUAGAUAGAUAAAAAGAAAAAUAAUUUUUUUUGUCCACUCGUUUUGUCAUCCUCAUGCCCUUACACAAAAAUUGGAUAUAGAUACAAAAGUUGGGUUUUUGUUCUGAUUUCUAUUUGAUUUCCGGGUUUUUUGGUAUUUUUUUCUUUUUGUUAAAUUUCGGAACCUAAACGAUACCUACACACCAAAUAAAAAAGUGUACAUACUCCCUCGAAGGAAGAAAAAGUGUCAAGUGGAUAAGAAAAAAUUUUAAAAAAAAUUGUUUUUAACAGAAAAAAUAUUUUAAAAAAUAUGCAAGUGUUUAAAAGUGCCUUGAAUUGUUAAAGAUACAAAACCAAAAGAAAGAAAAAGAUAUUUCUCCAAAUUUCUGUAUUUAUUUGUUGUGUUAUAAAUUUUGAGAGAAAAAUAAAGUAAAAAUAAGUAAAAGAAUUGAAAUGUUCCAUCCUUAUGUGAAAAUUAAAAAGAAAAUUGCAAGUAGCUCACAACUCCUUCAACAACAAUUACAACAACAUCAACAACAACAACAGCAGCAGCAGCAAUCUUCUCCUCAUAGAUGUUGUUGUUGCAGUACAACUUCUAACAGUACUAAUAAUAGUAGUACCAGUAAUAACAUUCUUGGUGGUAAUACCAGUUUUACAACAACAUCAUCAACGUCGGCAGCAGCCGCAGUUUUGGGUGCAGUUGCAAAUGCAACAGUUAAUAGUAUUAACUGCAGCAGCAGUAACAGCCAACAAUUGCAACAUAAUCUAAGUUCACCUGCAUCUGCAUCUAUUUCUGCAUCUAUACCGCCGCCGCCGUCAACACCACCGUCAUCGUCUUCGUCGUCAUCAACGUCGUCGUCGCGGUCACCAUCUGCAUCAGUACAGCAGCCUACGCAACAGCAACUACAACAACAUCAUCAACAUCAUCAGCAGCAACACCUCUCACAGCUGCUGCAACAAAACAACGUUCCUCCACCUGCUCCAGCUUCAGCUUCAGCUGCAGCUCUAGCUUUAACCUCGUCUCCUCCCACACACCACCAACACCAUCAUAAUCAACAUAAUCACCAUCACCAGCAACAUCAUAGACAAUCAUCACCAAAUUUACCAUAUUGCCCAAUCGAUCGACAUUUGGGUCACCUAAAUUUUGGUAGCAGUUCAUCAUCAAGCAACAAUACCAACAGCAAUAGCAAUAGCAAUAAUACCCGCAGUCACACGCCAACACCUGGUGGCAACCACAGAAAUAUAAUACACAGUAGUAGCUCCUCUUCUUCGUCUUCAGCUUCAGCUUCUUCGUCUUCUUCUUCUUCUGCAACAGCAGCAUCAUCAUCAUCAUCAUCACCUUCUUCUGCUGCAGCAGCAGCUAGCAGUAGUUGUAAUAGUACAAAUAAUACCGUUGCAGCAAGUACGAGCGGUAAUAGCACGUUGAAUAGAAUUAGCCACACUAUCCAGCAGCACCUGCAACAACACCACCAACAACACCAGCAGCAGCUACAGCAACAGCAGCAACAACAAGUGCAUCAAUCCAAUAAUCCAGCGCAUCAUCAUUCUUCUUCUUCUACUUCAUCAUCAUCGUCCUCGUCCUCGUCGUCUUCUUCAAAUCAACAUCAUCAUCACCAUAGCAGUAGCAGUAACAGUAACAAUACCAGCAAUAGCAAUCACCAUCACCACCCCCACCACCACCAUCAUCACCACCAGCAUCAGCAGCAGCAACAACAAAAUACCAGCAAUAAUCAACAGCAGCAACAAUCUCCUAUGUGCCUAGUAUUAUUAGUUAAAUGCCCCAAUUCAAAGGAAUUUUGUACAGCAGCGAAUUUCUGUGAUAAAAGAUUGCCAAACGAAUGCCAGGCAGGCCAAACUGCUAGAGUAACAUCUAACCUGCACGCAUCAAGUAGUACAAUGGCGGUUAGUCGUGUACCGUCGCCGCCUUUAGCGGAAGUUAAUACACCAGUUGCUGAAAAUUGGUGUUACACUCAGGUGAAAGUGGUUAAAUUCAGCUAUAUGUGGACUAUAAAUAAUUUUAGUUUUUGCCGUGAAGAAAUGGGCGAAGUCCUUAAAUCAUCCACAUUCUCCGCGGGUGCUAAUGACAAAUUAAAAUGGUGUUUACGAGUUAAUCCAAAAGGUUUAGAUGAAGAAAGCAAAGAUUACUUAUCCCUAUAUCUACUAUUAGUAUCGUGUAAUAAAUCAGAAGUAAGAGCCAAAUUUAAAUUUUCUAUAUUAAAUGCUAAACGAGAAGAAACCAAAGCAAUGGAAUCACAGAGAGCUUACCGUUUCGUACAAGGCAAAGAUUGGGGCUUCAAAAAAUUCAUCCGACGAGAUUUUCUGUUGGACGAAGCGAACGGUCUCCUGCCAGAGGAUAAAUUAACUAUAUUUUGUGAAGUUAGCGUUGUAGCUGAUAGUGUUAAUAUCUCUGGUCAAAGUAAUAUCGUACAAUUCAAAGUUCCCGAAUGUAAACUCUCUGAGGAUUUGGGUAAUCUUUUUGAUAAUGAGAAAUUCAGUGAUGUCACACUGGCGGUAGGUGGACGUGAAUUUCAAGCGCAUAAAGCAAUCUUAGCGGCUCGAAGUGAUGUAUUUGCUGCGAUGUUUGAACAUGAAAUGGAGGAGCGUAAAUUAAAUCGAGUAGCCAUAACAGAUGUUGAUCAUGAGGUACUAAAAGAAAUGCUACGCUUCAUCUAUACAGGGAAGGCUCCCAAUUUGGAAAAAAUGGCCGAUGAUCUCUUAGCUGCUGCUGAUAAGUACGCAUUAGAAAAAUUAAAAGUGAUGUGUGAGGAAGCGCUGUGUGUUAAUCUGUCUGUUGAAACAGCAGCCGAAACCUUAAUUUUAGCGGAUCUCCAUAGUGCGGAUCAAUUGAAAGCACAAACGAUAGAUUUUAUCAAUACUCAUGCCACAGAUGUUAUGGAAACAAACGGAUGGCAGAAUAUGAUAACAACACAUUCGCAUUUAAUAGCUGAGGCAUUUCGAGCGCUCGCCACACAACAAAUCCCACCAAUUGGACCACCAAGGAAACGCGUCAAAAUGAGCUGAAAGAUAAGAUCAUUGUCAUAUAAGCAAAAACAACAACAGCAGCAACAACAAUUAAACCCUAAAACCCAACCAAUACAUUUAAUAUUUCUAAAACAUCAAUCAUUAAGAACUAAUUCAACAGAAGCAACUAAAACCAGAUCAAAUAAAUCGACAGUUAAUAUGCCAUUUUCUCCAAAUAAUAAAACAUCUACAAAAACAACAACAACAACAACACAAGAUACUGAUUGGACAUCAAAUACAAUAAAAACAAUACUUGGCCAACAACAACAUAAGAAAAAACAUAAAAGUUCUUCUUCGAAAACCAGAGACAACCACAAAAAACGUUAUCAAUCGUUAGCAGCAAUUUCCAAAAUUGAAACCAGAAAACAAUCAUCCACAUUAUUAAUAUCAAAAACAAAAACACCACAAACUACAUUAACAUCAACUCUAAAUCCAAAUCCAACUCCAAUUCCAACACCAAUACCAAUAAUCAAGAAGAAAGGCUCUGUUCCCAUAGUUGGUCCAUUAAAUUGUCAGGAUCCAAAGAACACGCAUGCCACAAAGUGGUUGAAAAACCUCAAAAGACAUGCCAAAAAAUGGAACAAAGAACCACCAUCCUAUAAUAAUAUUAAUAAUAAUAAUAAUAAAUUAUUCGAUGAUAAAUCAAAGGGUGUGAAUAAAAAGAACCCAAGCAAAAUUAUGAUCCCAGAAGUGAACCUGGAAUUAUUGUAGGAUAGGACAAACUGUGGAGAGCCAGAAAGCACAAAGUGGUCGAUUUUCUCUCAGUUUCUUAAACAAAAAUCAUAUAAAUAGACAACAAUAAAUUAUUUUUAUCAAUUUUUGUUUUCGUAUUUUAAAUAAAGAACAACUUCAUUAUGAAAAAUAAUUAAACAACUACUACUAUCAAUCAUAUAAACAAAUUAUGUUCUUUAAUUUAUAUAGAAUUUCAAUUUUAAUUUAAACAAAAAAAAAAACAAAAAGGAACAAUUGUACAAAAGAAUCAAAAAUAGAAAGAAAAAACUUACUUUUUUUGUUUUAAAGAAACUCAUUUACAAUAAAAUAAAUACAAGUUUUAUUUUGUUAACCACUGAUUGGCGGCUGUGUGUUGUUAUUGAAAAUUUGUAUUAAUUUUUCGUUUUUUUUUCAUAAUUCAAAUUGUGGACACAAAUUGUUUUUUCUUUUUAAAUUAAUUUUUCCCUUUAUCUCAGGACAUUUUCAACACUCCCACACAAUAAAUAAACACACUUUUAAUGAGUAUGAACACACAAUGAAGUUUAAUUUUAACAAACAAAAAGAAAAUAUGUUGUUUUUUUUCAAACACCAAACUAUCACCACAACCACCACCAAUAAUAAUUAAAAACCUACUAAAACAAAAAAAAAAACAUACAAAACUUUUAUUGUUGAUAAAUUUCAUAUUUAAUUAUAAUUAUUAUUUUUUUUUUCUUAAUUUUAGUUAUGUAACUAUAAUUCGUGUAAAUGUAUUAUUUGUAAUUUGUAUUUAUAAAGGAAAAGAAAAGCAAACAAAAAUUAAUUCAAGUGUGACGAAGAAUAAAAUAAAAUUAAAUUAAAAAACAAAACAAAAAAAAA